CACUCCAAGGAGAAGUGAAAGUGAAAAUCCAGUGGAGUUUUAAAUAAAGGAGAAGCCGGUAGGGUGCCUUUUUCUCUGGGAUCCAAGCGGCUUCUGCAUCUCCUGUGCAGGGCUCUGGAAAAGAAGCUGAAUGAACUGGGAGCUGGAAAGGCUGCUCAGGCAGGGAAGGGAAGAGGCACCAAGGCUUUCUCGGAUGCAAACCACUCCUGAGGGACAUAACUGAGGGAGGAGCCUGGUGAGGCUGCCAUGGGAUCCUGGAGGAUGUAAGAGAGCAUCCAACGCUGCUGGUGAUGAACACCCAGGGCAGGCCAAUGGACUUACCCCACUUCAUGAAGUUGUGUUUCCUGCUUCUAACCGUUGCAGCUCCCUGUUCAAAUGUUGCCAUGCCCAAUGAUGACCCUGCAAAGGGGACACAAGACUCUUCCUUCGGCAAAACAAAUGUGACAGUCUAUCACUGUGAGAGCAAUAUAUGCGAAUUAAGCAAUUAUGAAGAUUGUGCAAAAAUUGGUGAAACACAGAAUGAGAGAUUUUCAAAUGAAAUAAUUCAGUUGGCGACCAGUGAAACACAGAUCACGAUGUGCUUUCAUCAAGGAAAUAUUUUUCCUGACGGAAUUUAUGCAAUCUUCUGGGAGAAAGACACGGGAGCAGGAGACUCAUGUGGCAUCCUGAAUUAUGAAGCUUCCUUGGAAAACAGGGGGGGAAACAUCAUUACAGAGGAGGCUAAAAUUUGCUGCGAAACAGGCACAGACCUCUCAAUGCCCAACCAUGCCCUGAGGUGCUACACUGAAGUGUUGGAUACAAAACCCAGAAAAUCAACAGCCUUCAUUGCUGGUGAGGGAAAUCAAUAUAAUCCUCAAUAUUUGGUCAGUGAAAAGAGCAACAUUGGCAUCAUCACCACAGCAAUAAUUGUGCUUUGUGCAGCAGCUCUGGCAAUGUAUUGUGUGCUACGGAGAAGAAAUGGACCUGUCAUAGUGCUUCAUCAGACUUCAUGUGAAUGGAGUGAAACAGCUGUCUUGAGAAGAUGAUUCAUUUCACCUUAAAAUGUUUUUUUUUAAACAGGUGAAUUACCUUGUGAAGGUGCCUCCCUGGCAACUCUAAAGGAAGCCAAUGGGAACAAGCUGAGAUGUUUGAAACAUCUACAGUUAGACAAAACACAAGGAUGUCUGAGAAAAAUGUAUGAGUGUUUGCAAAACUCAGUAAAGAUUACACUAGUCUCACUGCAGUUCUUACAUGAAGAUGUAUUAAUGGAUGUAUUAGUGUAAUAGGUAAAAAAUUUCCCACUAGUGGUUUCUGUGAGGUCCUGCCCUGUGGCGUAACACUGUGUGAUGUCGCAGGCCUGUCCUAGAGCCCCUCUGAGGCAAAGGCUGAUGGGCCACAGCAAUCGGGGCAGGGGUUCAGCAGAGAUGCCAUGAACUUGCUGGGCAAUGAUGCUGUAAUCUUGUUACCUUUCAGAUUUCUAAGCCUAAAUACUGGCAAUUGGAUUGUAAUUCUUACUGAAAUCAACCUGUGCCUUUGGCCUCACACAUUUUUCCUUCAAUUCUGCAGCUAUUAGAAAACUCAUACUGGCUUCUGAUAGUUAAAGCCUCACACCUAUUUGAAAAACAUCUACAAAUGAGCAAAGCAGGCUUUGUGCCAGCAGCACACUCCUCAGUAAUGUCAUACAGCAUUCAGCUUGAGAAGCUCAUUUUAUGAGAGACCUCAUGGCAGUUUUCAUGAAUGUACCUUCACCAAAUCCAUAUGUUCAGUGAGUACCGUUCAGCCACAGUCGCCUAGCACCAGGCUUUCACAAGCAACACAAGAAGCUCCCUGGAUCUCCCAUCCUGUCCUGGUGCUUCACUGAGGACAGCAGUCAUUGCAAGAUGUGUGCUUGGAUCAGCAGCACAGACUUAAACCAGCUGAAUUCUCUCAAUGGUUUUCAUGACUGAAAUGAUCAGUCCAUCUGAAAUUCUUCAGAGAACUGUAUCUGUUCUCAGGAAGGUUGUGCUGAACAUUGAGGCAGGUGCUCACUGCAUGUCUUCCACUUCAUAAUGUGAUAGCACACCCAUAGGUCUAUCUUUUUUUAACUCCCAGGUGAUCUCUAGAUCAAAAAGUGAACCUCUUACAAUCUCUACAUCUGAAGACAGGUUUGGGUGUGCUGUGUGCAGGCAACAUGUGAUGAACGCUGCAUUUCAGGCAUCCCCAUUUGGUAGUUCAAAUGAUUUAUCAAUCACACUUGAUUCGAUUAAAUCCUCAAAAGUUUGCAUUAGACUUAACCUAGUUUCAGGCUUGUCCUGGGUUCAGCUGUAACAGUUAUUUUUCUCCUUCCUAGUAGCUGGUGCAGUGCUGUGUUUUAGAGUUUAGUCUGAGAGCAAUGCCGAUAACACAGAGAUGUUUGCUAAGUAAUGCUUACUCCAAUCAAGGACUUUUCAGUCUCUCA